AUGGAAGAUGCCAGAGCUGUCAAGAUGGCGCGACUGAAAGCUGCAGGGCAACUGAGCUAUAUCGAGAAGCUGGAACCAAUGCGCAUGACAUGGAGCGUCUUCCCCAAGCGGUACACUCCCAGCGGCCCGGUGCCACCACCUACUACUCCACGGCCGACGUCACCACCUGCAUGGCUGCGGGGUGCAGUUUUCUUCCAAGUGCCAUGCACCGAACCGCCCUCCAAGUACUCGCCUCCGCCAGAGCCGCAGUGCUGCGAGCCGCCGAACGUGGCGCCCAACGUGGCGCCUGCGCGGCCCAGCUCAGGCAGGAGCAAUCCCAACAAGUGCUGGACACCGCCUGCAGCGCCAACAGAUCUAAGCUCAGGCAGGAGCACUCCUAACAAGAGCUCCGAAGAAACGCGAAGGACGCCACAUGCGGACAAACAGGGAAUCGGAGCUGCUGAGGAUGGCGCAGGCAAAACUUCCAAGUGCUCGCCGAAGCCUGCACCACCAUCGGCGCCAUGGAUACCACAGCCCCACCCUCCACACACACCCACUCCUAGUCCCAACGGCUGCUUUGAAUCCAAUGACGACUCACUCACCAUCAAACAGCAGGCUCAGUCGAGGACAGCCCAGUCCAAAACGGCUGAUCAAGCGACGGAGGUCGAGGAGAGAAGAAGACACCAGUUGGCCGUGGAGGUUGAUCGGAUUUUGCGACUCACGAAUGGCACCCUCGACUGGGACAGAGUCCUUUGCCUGGAGAAACAUUUCAGCGAAAGAGACUUAGAGAAGAAGAAGCGCGAACUCUUUCGGCUGUUGCACCCGGACAAGAGCUCCCGCUUUGCCCAUCAGCUGGGCCUCCGGGGCGGUGUGGAGCGGAUUCGACAGGCCUACAACCUGGUGGAGGAGGCCUAUGCAAAGGCCAAGGAGACGCUCAACUUGAUCAGUCUGUCCCCUCCAUCCAAUGCGUCAGAUCUUUGGAGCCAGGCUCCGGUGUUGAAGAAGCCAGCGGCGCGGGCCGAGCCGAAAGGCGCGGCCAAAGCGAAAGGCAAGGCGAAAGCCACGGCCAAAGAGACCGAACCAGCUGAAGAACCAGAGCCAGCAGAGAAGGAUGAGGCACCAAAGCCCAAAGGAAAGGCAAAGGCAAAGGCCAAAGCGAAGGCAGCGCCAGAGCCGGAGGAGGUGGAGGAGGAGGAGGAAGACGAAGAUGAAGAGGAGGAAGAGGAGGAAGAGGAUGGAGAGGAGGAAGAUGCCGAGGAAGAUGAGGAGGAAGAUGAGGAGAUGGAGGAAGCUCCUGUCUUGAAGAAGCCAGCUGCGGCCAAGGCGAAGUCCUCUGCCAAGGCGAAGGCAACGCCCAAGGCGAAAGCAAAGGCGAAAGCCAAAGCGAAGGCAAAGGUGAAGGCUGCUCCGAAGAAGGUGCUCAAGAAACCGGCGGCCCGCAAGUGAUGCUGACGAGGAAGAUGUCGAUGGGGAACAGUAUGAGAUACUGUGUUCGCUUUGCGAAGAGCCAGAGAGCCAGAGCUGGCGGAGUCCUGGGCUCUUCUACUCUGGAGGUGGUUACAGGUCCUCAGAGCCUUCAGCCUUUCAGGGACCGUCCCACAAAUGACGACAGGGAUGAAGAACAACUGAAGGAUGCAAGCUUAAACAACUUGAGACAUGCCUUGGGGCUCAGUCAAGCGGAUCGUGACAUGCAUUUAGCAUUGUUGCGUUCAGCUAGUCAAUACAUGCAAAAAGUAAAAAGAACACCUGGACUUGGAGGGUUGGAGAGUUGGAGAUGUGUGGGCAUGGGAACUUUCUUCGCGCUUGCAAGUGACCCUCUAGACUAAUAUGUUUAGCUUGGGGUUAUGCACUAUUAUAGACACAUAUAUGUAAUUGUGACUCCGACUAACUUUGAUACAUCCAGUGCAUUAUGUAGUUUGUGGGAAGAGGAGGGUGACAAGCGAUUGAAAGUGGGAGCCUGCUCAUCUGAGUGAAACAGCGCGACCCGAGAUCUGCUCAGCUGGGACGAGAUCUACUGCAAGGGCUCGCUAAUCGAAACUCAGGAAGAUUGGUCCUGCUUUUCCGGUUUCUUCGGGUAUGAGGCAGGUUGACAAUCGAGGAAUUCGUCGUAUUUGUGCGUAUUUUAACACUUUCCUAGUCUAGAGAUGUCCAGAGUCUAUAGAGGUGAUUCGUUUUUGGAUGUCUCAAUGGAAGUGUCGGGUACGGACGAUACUUGCUAGGCUGCAUGAUCUUUCAAUUCAUAUCAGACUCAGUCGGCCGCCUAUGUUGCCCUUGCACAUCCAUUUUCCCUGUACCAAGAUGCAUCGGUUUUUGGGCAGUCACUCUGUUCUAGACGAUUCUAGACGCAUCUAGAAGCGAUGACACUUUGUUGAUGGUUUGAUGGGAAAUGGCACGGACCUCCACGUACAAUGUAAAUGGUAGAUCCCGGUCACAGCAGUGUGCUGAAACUGGGGGGCAGUGCAACUACUUAUAUAUACUUGGAACCUGCUGCAUUUGUUUCCAAACCUUCAAAAUGUUUGAGGUCCUGACACAUGAAACACUUCUAGGGCCGCAUUGAUUUUAUCACGCGGUUGUUCUGCGUCACCUUGCUUGAGAACAGUGCCCUUUGUGGACAGAGUCAAGCCCAUCAAAGAAACUGACAUCCCUUCCAGCCAACCACGAGUGAAAGCCCCUUCGGUGGGGUGUGACGAGAAACGAUGACUUCCCCAAAAAGGCUGCGCAGUAAGGUCCGCAAAACGGACGUUCGGGAGAUUGGAACCACCAAAGGCAGUGUUCUGACCUUGUUUGGCAAGACAAAGGUGAUACAGCCCUCUCCACUGCACAGACAGCUGGUCAUUGAAACCUUACACACUAUAAGGUGCUGUGGGCCAAAAGGACUUUGAAGUCCAAAAGCACUGCAAUAAUAUCCCACAACUAGUAGCUCAAGACAUGUUUUCCAUCGGCAGAAUGAGUGCCCAUGCUCACAUCAGCUAACGAAAAAUGUGUAUUCGUGUUUCUACUAGCUUCUUGUUACUAGUAGUAAGGCACUUGUUCCUAGUAGAGAUGCCAGGAGCCCCUAGUAGCGUC